AUGGAUUGCCCUUGGCCUUGCGCAAUGCCAUUUUACCCAACUGAAUUUGAGGCAAUGCGUAGUUCGUUGCAAUCAUCAUCAUCGCCAUUGUCGGGUCGACAAAUAGGUCAGCAGGUUCCUUCGUUUGUUCCAUCAUUCGUCCAACAGGUACCCUGCGCUACCAUCCCGUCUCCCACUGAUUAUCGAGACCCCGUAAAAGCUACACCUUCACCUUUCCAUAUUACCGCCAUCUGCAGCCGUGCCAUCAUCACAGGUAAUAAACAGUACAUUCUUUCAGCAAUCUAG